UGUGUGUGAGAGAGAGAGAUUGAGUGAGUGAGUGGUGAGAUUGUGGCAGUCGGAAAGCAGCUCGGUGUAUAAACCCCAUGCAGGCUAAAGGCCAGCAGUUCAUCAGCACAAUAUGGACCACAAUACUGUGCGCUAGUGCGCAUGGGCGGGCAAACACACACACACACACACACACACACACACACACACACACACAAACUACAGAGUCGAGUCAGCCGUGUAUUAUGCCGCUUCGAUGCAAUAAAAAGCUACCGGAAAAUCUGCACGGAAACGCUACCGGAGCUGCUUGGAGUGAAAGUAAUAAAGUGUAAAUACGUGUUUACGGUGAAUGUCUUUGGCUUGGAGUGGAUUUUCCGCUUUGAUGAGUGCUGACGCUCAGGUAUUGAGAUGGGAUGUGUGUGUCGAGGACGGAGUAAGGAGAAGAAAGAGGAACUCUGUAAUCACUAGAGAAAUACAUCCAGAUCCAACCUCAGUCGAGCCACAUUCUCCUCUCCGCUGUCCAUAAUGUCGGCGGUCACAUCUCCCAGCCAGGCUGCUCCCCCUGUAGUCAACCCCCCUCCACCUGAAGUGACGAACCCCAGCAAGCCUGGCCGAAAAACCAACCAGCUCCAGUACAUGCAGAACGUUGUGGUGAAGACACUGUGGAGGCAUCAGUUUGCGUGGCCUUUUUACACACCUGUGGACGCCAUCAAAUUAAAUCUUCCAGACUAUCAUAAAGUCAUCAAGAACCCAAUGGACAUGGGGACUAUCAAGAAGAGACUUGAGAAUAAUUACUACUGGACAGCUGGUGAAUGCAUGCAGGAUUUCAACACUAUGUUCACAAACUGUUAUAUAUAUAACAAGCCUACAGAUGAUAUUGUACUUAUGGCUCAAGCCUUGGAAAAAAUUUUCCUCCAGAAGGUAGCACAGAUGCCCCAGGAGGAGGUGGAACUGCUGCCACCACCUCCGAAAGGCAAGGCACGCAAGCCUGGUGCUGCCCCUGCUGCAGAAACUCAGCAAGCUUCGGCACUGUCCUCGACCUCCCCAUCCUCGUCAUGUCCGAGCUCUCCUCCACAGCCGCCUCAAACUCCUGUAAUCGCAGCGACACCUGUACCAACCAUCACCUCCAACGUCCAGGCUGUUCCACCGGCUGCACCCAUGAUCCCGAGUGCACAGCCUGUCGUCAAAAAGAAGGGGGUAAAGCGGAAAGCUGACACUACCACGCCCACCACCUGCGCCAUCACGGCCAGCAGAGGCGAGUCUCCCACUCCACUGCUGGACACCAAACACAGCAAGGUGAUCUCCAGACGCGAGAGCACCGGCCGACCCAUCAAACCUCCAAAGAAGGACCUGGAUGAUGGUGAACUCCUGCAGCAGGGGAGCAAGAAGAGCAAACUGAGCGACCACCUCAAAUAUUGCGACACCAUCCUAAAAGAGAUGCUGUCCAAGAAGCAUGCUGCCUACGCCUGGCCCUUCUAUAAACCUGUGGAUGCUGAAGCACUAGAGCUGCACGACUACCAUGAAAUCAUCAAGCAGCCUAUGGACCUCAGUACAGUCAAAAAAAAAAUGGACAGCAGAGAGUACCAAGACGCACAGAGCUUUGCAGCAGAUGUCCGGUUAAUGUUCUCAAAUUGCUAUAAAUAUAAUCCGCCUGAUCACGAGGUUGUUGCCAUGGCAAGGAAACUUCAGGAUGUGUUCGAGAUGCGUUUCGCUAAGAUGCCAGACGAGCCGGCUGAGCCCUCAUCCCCUGGAGGCACGUCUGCCACGGCAGUAGUAAGUAAGAGCACAGAGAGUAGUGAGAGCAGUGCCGACUCGUCCAGCUCCAGCUCCGACUCGGAGGAGGAACGAGCCACCCGCCUGGCAGAGCUGCAGGAACAGCUAAAGGCUGUUCACGAACAGCUGGCCGCUCUGUCACAGGGCCCUGUCAGCAAACCAAAGAAGAAGAAAGAAAAGAAGGAAAAGGAGAAGAAGAAGAAAGACAAAGAGAAGGACAAAGACAAAACUAAGGCCAAGGUGGAGGAAGAGAAGAAGCCCAAGUCCUCGCAGCAGAACAAGCCGAGCCAGCCGAAGAAGAGUUCAGCCAGGAAACCCAACAGCACGUCUACUACCAGGCAACCGAAAAAAAGCGCCAAACCCAUUGGGGCGAAUUAUGAGUCGGACGAGGAGGAAGCGCUUCCCAUGUCGUAUGAUGAAAAGAGGCAGCUUAGCCUAGACAUCAACCGGCUGCCCGGUGAGAAGCUGGGCCGUGUGGUGCACAUUAUCCAAUCCCGCGAGCCAUCGCUGCGUGACUCCAACCCAGACGAGAUUGAGAUCGACUUUGAGACACUUAAGCCGUCGACACUGCGUGAGCUCGAGCGAUACGUCAAGUCCUGUUUACAGAAGAAACAGCGCAAACCUUUACCGGGCACUGGGAAAAAGAGUGCCAAGACUAAAGAGGAACUGGUUCAGGAAAAGAAGAAAGAGUUAGAAAAGAGGCUGCAGGACGUGAGCGGACAACUGAACAACAACAAGAAACCGCCCAAAAAAGCAGAGAAGGCGGGCUCAGCGCCAGGGGGCGGGCCAUCUCGGCUGAGCGGCAGCAGCAGUUCUUCUGACACGGGCAGCAGCAGCUCCAGCGGCUCCAGCUCCGAGAGCAGCGACUCGGACUGAGCUCUUGACAUGUAAACUUCAACCUCCUUCAUUUUUCUAAUGAGUAGUGUUUACUGUCCUGAUAGUGUCUCACCUGAAGACCUGUUACAUACGGAGAUAGAAGCUAAAGACAGAAGAUAUUUUAAAAUAACCUGUUGUAGAACGCCCUCGGCUUGGAUAAAGACCUGUACGGAUAAAGAUAGCUGACCGUGGAACAGUGGCGGCCCUCACAGGGAAACACCUGGUCAUCACCAGGAAAGAUAUUUUUGUGGUUGUGGAGACUUUGAGUUGUUUGUUUCCCCCAGGUUCUUGCUCAGAAGAUCCCAAUGACAAGUGCAUAUUUAGUGGGCUGACAAACGCCUGGCCAUGUUUCAGUAAAUUAGUAGCUUCAUCAAGUAUGAAAGUGUGAAGGAGCAAGCAGCUAACUUUCUCUCUUUCUGCUAUGCCGGUCAUGUAAGCAUGACGUUUCAACUCAUUCCACAUUUCUUUUACAGAUAAUGAUGAUAGUUAUUGUUACCAUUUUAAAGAACUUAUUUAUUUUUCAUCUGGUAUGUUUCAUCUCCUGGUUUGCCAGGAGUUACAGAGAUAUCAAGAAAUCAGUGGAACUUUUAAAAAUUGGUGCAUCAUGACUAAGUGGAGUGAACAGGUCUGGGUCGUACCAUGGCUUACUGUUUUCUCCCCAAGUGUCAGUAAAGUUCAGAGCUGUACUUUGAGAGGUCUGUGUGUAGUCUGCAGUAGGUUCAGUUGUCUCAGCGCUGUAAUUUCCUUCUCACGGUGCGUGUUUCUCAUUCAGUAUUUGAUGUAUAAUUUUGUCUUUUGUUUUAACUACAUUAUACAUUCUCAAUAAUGGGUUUGUUUUUAUACAUUAUUUGAACAUACUCAACUUUUUUUUUUCCACUAAUGAUGUAUUUCAAUGAUGUACACAAUGUUUUUCCUACAGCCUCUGGAAUCUAUCAUAUGAAUCACCAGUGUCUUUGAUUGAGCAGUAAUUCACAAAACUAUUAUUUAUUAUUGAAGCAUAAUUGGCUGUCUGAGUCCGACUAAGAUCCCAGUGAAGAGCCAAUAAUAAACUUUUCCUCUUUGGCAAAGUCUCUAAUCCAGGAUGCUUCGCUCUCAUGUGGAAUACUAGUAGUCUGGUCCUCAUGGCUGUGUCCCUGAAAUAAAGAGGACAGUUGUCUCAUUCGCCUAUAAAGACAAACAGCAGUACUCUGUGUUAACUUCAGCAGGUUGUGUUUAGUCAUUUCCGAAGUAUUACACUAAUGACUUCUCUAUUUUAUGAAUAGCCUUUUUUUAAUCACCAUCUCUUUCAGAAUACUAUAUUAAAUGCUUUGAGUGGUACUUCAAUGCUGAACAAAAGUUGUUGGUAUAUUUUCUUGCCACAUCUUUGAACUGAUUACUGAACUCCUACAUAACCGAAAAACGUUAUAGACAUAAUUUCCUUUGUUUAGUACUUAAAAAAAAAAAAAAAAGUUUCAACAA